CUGCAUGCUUAGUUGGUGAUGGAGAUAGUCCAGUCAGUUGUGAUAUCGAUCAGGAAAUAAAUCCUGAUGGUGAAAAUAUUCGAGGAUGGAAUGAAAACGGAGAUUUUCUCGUCAUCAUCGACAGAGGUAUUUUUAAUUUAUACAACACUUUGUAAGGAGAGUAGAGGAAAACCCAGAGGAAGGAUACUUCAACUGUCAUAUGGAACAUGACGUGCACCCCUUGUUAGGACUGUACAUCCUCUACCCCACCAGUCAAGACCCGCUGCGUCCAGAAUGCAAGGAACUCUCUGCAAGUGGACUAACUACAUGUCCGGAUGGCAGCAGAGGUGGGUUGUCCUUGAUGGAAGCACACUAGCCUAUUACCUAGCCGCCACUGAAGUCCACCAGGGCUGUAGGGGCUCUUUUAAGGUCACGUCAUGUGAUAUCCACGUGCACCCCACGGAUCACCUUCGGUUCGACAUAGUGAUGCCUGGAGGAAGGCAGGUGUUGUAUCUGAAGGCAUCGUCCACAGUGGAGCGACAGCAGUGGGUUGUUGCUCUCGGGACCUCCAAACAAGAAGAGGAGGGAAACAUUGGGAAAUUACUAGGACCGAGUCUGGACCAGCAGGUGGCAGUGAGGUCAAAGAUGGCGGAGCUGCAGGCUAACUGUCAGCUGCUGUUCUCACAGGUCUCCAACAUGAGGUCUGCUGCCUUCUCACCUUCUCCUGAUACCGAGAGCAUGCAGGAGGUGGCUACACUCAUCAGCCACACGUGUGACAAGUUCCUCAAGAUCCUGUCAGAGUGUAUGCUCCUGUCCACGGCCAGUGUCAGGGGAGUGGGUACCGUACCGGCCACCCCUACCGACCAUUCCAGCCCGACUUCUUCCUUUGCUCCCAUGAAGCCACUGGCCAGGGUUCCCCACUUGCUGUCUGACAAGCCGAGUCCCUCCCCACACCCCCUCAUCCUCUCUUUCCCCAUCUCCCUCCCUCCUUUCACAACCAGGCUGGGAAAUGAAGAGGCCAGUCCCAAAUCAACCGACGAACAGACACACUCUCUUCCUGUACAUCUCGUUGCAACUCCUCACCAAGUGUACUGUCACCUGAGAGUAUGGAUGGUGGGGAGAGGUUACAGGAGAGCCCGAGAAAAGAUGCGAAGUCUCCUGUUCCUUCUUCCAGAUCCCACUCUCGUGCAAACUCUGAGGCCUUCGCAACUCCCGCAUCCACGCCCACCGACUCUCCCCCUCCCUCCCCUCCUCCUCACACACCUCACAGCCACACCCCCCAAUCCUCACAGGGCUCACAUCUUCUCCCGUCAUCACCACUCACACCAGUGGAACUCACUCCCACACGUAGUACAGUGACUGUGCCACCAAACUCACCGCGAAUUGGAGACAGGUUCCCCAGAAGUACGGUGCCUUCUGGUCACGAAAGCUUUUUUUCCAGAGCCCCACACAAAUUUGAAGAUCUUGUCUUGAGCGAUGGUGAAGGAAUACCCACCCCAGACUUCUUGAGUGCUUGUCGCGCUGUUGUGCCAUUCUUUGACGCACUCAGUUCUACUGCCUUUGCACCAGUCAAGGCUGACAUCAAUGGAAAUAUUGAGAAACUCUCCAAGAGGUAUCAGUCGAAUCCGGAGAAGUUCUCCACUCUCCAGUCUAUGAUUGUUCACGAGCUGGAGACCAACACCCACGAGGCCAGAAACUCUGCCACUGACGCCCUGCUCUGGCUCAAGAGGGCCAUGGAGUUUGUACAGGAUUUCAUGGCUGAGGUGGCAGGCGGUGAGCACAGUCUGGACAUUGCUGCCGGGAAGGCCUACACCCAAUGUCUCCGCAGAUAUCACAACUGGAUCGUGAGAGGCAUGUUCAGUAUGGCAGUGAGAGCUGUUCCCUACCACAAAGACUUCCUGGUUCUCCUGGGCUCUGACGGGACUGCCGACGGGAACGCUGCUGUCACCGUCCACAUGGCCGAUUUUGCUCGCUCCCUGGGCGAGAUAAACAGCAUCAUAAACCUGUUUUACCAGUCACACGAACUAGACAUACCUCCUGUAAUUUGAAUCUUGUCACCCUAUCUGGCUCUCACUGCGUUGUAUAUAUGCACCCAGCUGUAUGUAUGAAGGUUCUAAAAAAAGGAGAGCAGUUGGUACUGGCAAAAGGGAUGGCUGUACAUGUUUGGUCCAUCUACUUCUCUUUAUCCUUUUAUACAUAGGGUGGUGCGUAUGUAUGUAGUCUGUGUGAGUUGUAUUAUAGUCCAACAAUGCAUUGCGUACAAGGCUG